ACUUGGGCUCGUGGCGUUUUCUCCCGAUGCGACCGCGUUGUUGCAAAGUUUCCUGCGGCCACGUUAGCGUGUUGUCGUUGCACUUUAGAUUGUGUGCCAGCGUUCCAGCAUUCGGGGAGGACUGACGUACGACUCAGUCCGUCGUGUUGGUGGCAAAAGCCGCACGCGCGUGUUUUAUAACGCCGAGGACUCGGUGACCCUCAUGGAAUAAGCCCAGCCUUCAUCUGCUGUCGCUUUUGUGCUAGAUCGGGGCUUUUGUGUUAGUGCUCGCUUUGAAGGCGGUUGUUGACUCGCUCGCGCACCAACACGAGUGUCCCCGCGUUACACGCAAACCACGUGCUCUCUGUUAUUUUAGCCGUCGCUCGGGCACUUCAGCUCCGUGGGUUUCGGGUCGGUCUCGCUUGACGCGCGAAAGAUGCGUUCGCUGGCCUGAGAAGUUGAGCUCCGCGCGUGCAACGCAGUUGAGGCGUUCACGGGCCGCUUUCCUGGGCGUCAGGGGAGACGCUCCUACGAACCUCGCUGGCUGGAACGCAACAUGCCCAUUAGGCGCUUCGGGGGUCACAGGUCUCUGGUCGCGCACUCUCAGGUCCCCAAGCUGUCGUAUGGUUACGCGAAAAGCAACAUGUCGAGAAGCGGCUACCGUGUGUUCUCCGCAAACUCCAGCACCGCCUGCACCGAGCUGGCCCGACAGAUCACGGAGCGUCUGGGUGUGGAAUUGGGCAGGUCUGUGGUUUAUCAGGAGUCAAACUCAGAGACUAGAGUGGAGGUGAAGGAGUCUGUUCGUGGCCAAGACAUCUUCAUCAUUCAGACCAUUCCCAGAGAUGUCAACACUGCCGUCAUGGAGCUGCUGGUCAUGGCUUAUGCCCUGAAGACCUCCUGUGCCAAGAACAUCAUCGGGGUCAUUCCCUACUUCCCCUACAGCAAGCAGUGCAAGAUGAGGAAGAGAGGCUCCAUUGUCUGCAAACUGCUAGCAUCCAUGUUAUCUAAAGCUGGCCUAACUCACAUCAUCACCAUGGACCUCCACCAGAAAGAAAUCCAGGGCUUCUUCAACUUUCCAGUCGACAAUUUAAGAGCCUCCCCCUUCCUCAUCCAGUACAUCCAGGAGGAGAUUCCAGACUACAGAAAUGCCAUAAUUGUUGCAAAAUCCCCAUCAGCUGCCAAGAGAGCUCAGUCUUACGCUGAGCGGCUUCGACUUGGCCUGGCUGUGAUGCACGGCGAGGCCCACCACUCGGAGUCGGACAUGGCCGACGGUCGACAGUCUCCGCCGCUGUCACGCACCACCACAGGACACACGGGCCUGGAGCUGCCAUCAAACUGCAGACACCAUGUCCCAUUCCCUGGGAUAGAGCUCCCAAUGAUGAUGGCGAAGGAGAAGCCACCAAUUACGGUUGUCGGGGACGUAGGAGGAAGAAUUGCCAUCAUUGUUGAUGACAUCAUAGAUGAUGUGGAGGACUUUGUCGCAGCAGCAGAAAUCUUGAAGGAGAGAGGCGCGUACAAGAUCUACAUUAUGGCUACACACGGCCUGUUGUCUGCAGAGGCACCCAGGCUGAUAGAGGAGUCUGCAAUAGAUGAGGUGGUGGUGACCAACACGGUUCCUCAUGAGGUGCAGAAGCUGCAGUGUCCAAAAAUCAAAACGGUGGACGUGAGCAUGAUCCUGGCCGAGGCCAUCCGGCGCAUCCACAACGGCGAGUCCAUGGCUUAUCUGUUCCGCAACAUCGCCGUGGACGACUGAGACGACCCACACACGCACUACUACAUUCCUGUAGAGCUAACCCAGCGCACAGGGAUUUAAAUAAGAUCCUUUCUCCUGUGUUUGCUCAGCUGAUUAACUGACAAAAAGUACUGUAUUGACUGUAUGUCACAAGUAACUCGUUACCCUGUUGCAUACUGUAGUGGGUCUGACCUGCUGUACCAUCUGAUAGCAUGAACAGAUCAACACCCAAUGUACUGUACCGCUUUCCAUCAGGCUGGAGAAUUUGACAAAUAAACUAUUCUUCUUGAAUGAA